CCACUUUUUCCCCCCCUGAACCUUUCUAUUUUUUUUUUCAUUAUUUCAUUAUUAUUGUUUUCAAACCUCCACCCUCACUCACCGUCGUCCGUCGUAUCGGAGAGAGAAGCUGAAGGAAGCUGAAGCUCAGUGGUGUGGUGUCCAGUAUCAACAAAAGCAGCGAGCAGGACGAUCAACAGACAGCUCUGCAUUCCUCGUACGGUUGGCGAAGAGCUUCAUCCAAAGUAUAGAGGUUCAAAGGCAUCCCUGUCGAUAGACUUCUCUACACACUCUCCCAUACACAGCAUGUCUGACGAGCCUCUUCCCCCUCCACCGCUCGCCGCUGCCCAGCCGCCGGUCGAUUCGUAUGCCCCUCCCCCUCUCGUUCCUGCUGCUCCGGAUAACGGGCCUCCCCCUCUCAACAUGGAUGGAGUGAACUCAGCUCCGGCAGGCCCAUCAUAUCCCGCCGAACCGCUGCUCGUUGCCCCUCCACUCGAGCCAUCUCAACCCAUGGACGGUGCAGCUGCUCCUCUCAAGCCAUUACUGAACCCUCUUCAGACUGGAAACUCCCCGAUGCCCUCAACAGAAGUUGAACCUCCUCGCAGUCCAAAUCCAGCCAACGCAGCGAUUGAUGACAAAGGCAAUAAUGUCGAGCUCGACGUUCCCAGCGCUUCAGCAAGCGUCGUUGGACCGGCCGUUGUCCCACCAUCGAUCUCUGUGGAGAGGCCAUUAGAGUCAGCAGCUACCGAGCCCGUUCUCACGUCUAGCACUCUCCUCCCAAUAGCGGGUCAAUCCAGCUCAGCAGCCGUGAUUCCAUCGCCUUCACCUGUUCCUCCUCCUAUCCAAUCACCUUCAUCCCUCCCUCGAGAUGCACCGAUGCCACCGACGCCAGAACCUAGAGACGAGCCUGCUCCCGUGCUUCAUUCUGGUCUCAUCCCUCCUGUGGUUCCCGCCCCCACGGCCAUCACCACAGAGGCAUCCGAAGGGCCAUUGAGAUCAGCUGCACCACCGCCAGAGACAUCGUUUCCCAUGUCAUCCGAGUCUCAAGCUGGGCCAUCUCAGCAUUCAGCUCCCGCCGAUUCUCAGCCAAAUGCUGUCGCUCCUGUGCAACCCCUUUCAGCCGUCUCGGGUGCUCCUCCCACGCCGCCUGAGGACACUCCUCCAGUCCCCAAUCCAAUGCAGUCUCAGACUUCAGGGGUGCCCCCCACUGCGUCAGACGCAAUGGAUGUUGAUGUCACUGCACCUCCCUCCUCCGAACCAAUCUCGGCUUCCUCAUCCAAUGGAGCCCUCAAACGCUCGGGAGACGAUCUCGAGGGGCGAGAGGAGAAGCGGGUCAAGGAGGAAGCUCCACUUGCACCCACCGCUACUCCCGCUGCCCCUACAGAUGCCCCAGCACCGGCUCUUCCUCCAGUCGAUCCCAACGCUCCUCCUCCCCCUUGGCUCACUUACACGCCUCCGCCUUCAAAGCCUGCCGGACCGACCACUCCUCUCACUCCAAAUCAACACAAGCAUCUCCUCAACGCUAUCCGCAACCUGAAGAAGAACGCUUCUGCAAUCAACUUCCUCGAACCCGUCGACGUGGUCCGAUUCGGAAUUCCGCAUUAUGCUCAAAUCAUCGACAGACCCAUGGACCUCGGCACAGUCGAGACCAAGCUCAUUGUCAGCGAUCCUCGAGGACCACCGAAGGACAAGAGCAAAAUGAGCAAAUGGGACGAGAGCAAAGGCCGUUAUGGCAAUGUCAGUGACGUCGUUCAGGAUGUGAGGCAGAUCUGGGAGAAUACGAGAAAAUUCAACGGACCGACGCAUGUUGUGUCGGAGGCUGCCUCAAAGCUCGAGACGACGUUCGAAAAGUCUCUGAAUAACAUUCCGCCAGAGCCUUCCGCGGCGCCCGCACCAGCGCCCCCGCCUGCUCCUGCCCCUCAACCUGCUGAUGCUGGACCCUCGUCACACACCCGUCGUCCAUCCGUUUCCCAAGUCCCGACUAUCAGACGUUCUUCAGUCGGACCCGACAGGCCAAAGCGGGAGAUUCACGCGCCGCCAUCCAAAGAGUUGCCAUAUGCCGAUGCCAAGCCACGUCGAAGAAACGACUCGCAGCUUCGCUGGGCAGAAAGAGAACUUGCCAAGAUUGAGAAGGCCGCGAAGAACUACAACAUAGUCUCUCCAUUCCUGUACGAGGUGGAAAAGAUUGUGGAAGCUUUCCCUCAAUACUCUCAGGUUGUCAAGCAACCCAUCGAUCUCAAUCACAUCAAGCAGCGCCUCAGCGAUGGAACCUAUGACGAAGUACACCAGGUCGAUGCCGACAUGCGUCUCAUGUUCAAGAAUGCUCUUGCGUUCAACCCGCCUGGUGACCCAGUCAACGAUGCAGCUCAGGGAUUCAAGCAGAUUUGGGAUGAGAAAUGGAAACAGCUACCUGCGAAAGUAGAGAUGAGAGAUGAAAGCGAGGACCCGCUUGCUGGUGAUGAAGAGACCGCUUCGGAUGCGGAAGACACUGCUCGCCUUGCGAAGCUCGAAAGCCAAAUUGGCAAACUACAGGCCGAAAUCACCGACAUCAAGGCUCGACAGGCCGCCCGAAAGGCUUCCAAACCGAAAAAGAAGACCAAGCCAUCCGGCGGGCGGAAAUCCUUCUCGAAGAGCUCACCAGGUGCAAAUGGGCACGGCGGCCCGAAAAAGUCGAAGAAGAACCGGGAUAUGGUGUUUAAGGACGAAGAGGAGCCUGAUUCCGAGGAGGAAGCGAAGAAUCUCACUAUGAGCCAAAAGCAAGAGUUGGCGGAGAAGAUCAAUCAGGUGGAUGAGUCGGUGUUGACAAAGGCGGUCGACAUCAUCAAGGAGACCAUGCAGCUGUCAUCUGAGCAAGAAAUAGAAUUGGACAUUGAGCUUCUACCCCCUCGUACAAUCUAUCGACUGUACAAUCUCGUCUGCCGAGGCGGUCGCAAAGCGGCCCGUGCCAAACCUGGACAAGGGAAACGAAGCUCUACUGGCAAGAAGGCUGGCGGCGCUAGGAAGACAGUCAAUGAGCAAGCGGAAGAAGAACGGAUCCGGCGGAUGGAAGCUCAACUUCAGAGCUUUGAUGCUGGUCGUGGAGGGACGGGCUGGGACGGUGGGGAUGAAAGCGAGAGCAGUGAAGAUGAGAGUAGUGAUGAGGAUUGAUAAAAAAAAUGGCUUUUCAUUCGAAAGCUGUAACAGAGACACAGCACAGUUCUUUCGUAGAUGGUGUAGAGCAUGAUCAAGGCAUUGUAGGAAAACGGAGAGACAGACAGAGAGACACCAGAAUGAACAACAUGCAACAAGUCAAAACAAGUGU